CUCGCUUACUCUUCUUCAUUGAGAACAAUAUUACAAUCUCUCUGCUUUCUCUGUUUCAUAGCCUUUCAAAGACUCUUCCAUUCAUUUGCUUGCCUUGUUUUUGAAACCGGUCAUUUGUUCAAGUUCAAAAAUGGAAUACGAUAAUAGAUACAGUCUAACUCAGAGGCCUAAAUACGAUUGCCUUUUGUUUGAUCUUGAUGAUACCCUUUAUCCAAAAAGUUCUGGCCUUGCAAGAGAAUGUGGAAAGAAUAUUAGAGAUUACAUGGUCGAAAAACUGGGUGUAGAAAGAGAGAAAGUUGUUGAAUUGUCCAACCUCUUGUAUGAGAAUUAUGGGACAACAAUGGCUGGCCUCAGGGCUGUUGGUUAUGACUUUGACUACGAUGAGUACCAUAGUUUUGUUCAUGGAAGACUUCCAUAUGAGAACCUAAAACCAGAUCCUUCAUUGAAGAGUUUAUUGCAGACUUUGCCUCUUCGAAAAAUUAUAUUCACAAAUGCAGACAGAGUCCAUGCCGUUAAAGCCCUUAGUAAACUCGGAUUGGAAGACUGUUUUGAAGGGAUUAUCUGCUUCGAAACUCUCAAUCCUACUCAUAAGAACAUUGUUUCGGAUGACGAGGAUGACAUCGAGUUCUUAGGAUCCACCGCUGCUGCUUCUGCUACUACAACCGAUGCUCCUAGAAGCCGUCAAAUUUUCAACAUAAUCGACCAUUUCGCUCACCCCAACAAUGGUGCAACAUUACCCAAGACGCCCGUCGUUUGCAAGCCGCAGGAAUCUGCCAUAGAGCGUGCCCUGAAGAUUGCCGAAAUCGACCCUCAGAGAACAUUGUUCUUCGAGGAUAGCGUCCGCAACAUCCAGGCCGGAAAAUGUGUUGGUCUUAACACUGUGAUGAUUGGCACUUCCCAGAGACCCAAAGGUGCAGAUUAUGCAUUAGAAAGCAUUCACAACAUCAAGCAGGCAAUACCAGAGCUGUGGGAAACUGGUCGGAAAUCCGAAGUCAGUUAUCCCGGUCAGGUUGCAGUUGAAACAUCCGUCACAGCUUAGAUCCCAUGAUGUUGUCCCAAUUCCUUGUUAUUAUUUGGCAGACGAUGUAUAUUUAUAUAAUCCAAUAAAAAGUAUAAAGGAAAUUUUCCUUUUUUGAG